UUUCUGGCGAGUGGUUUUGUCAAACCUAAAAACAUGUCGUCUUCUCUUUCUUCAAAUUCUUCUCUUUUACGAAGACCGAGGCCACCAAUUCAGCAUCCAAGUAAUUUACCACCGAUUAUUAGUCAAAGAAGUAUGGAAAGUGAUUUAACAAAUCACUCAAGAGUUUCGCCUACAAUUCGUCCAAUGCCAAGUCUCGCUUCACACCAAGAUGGUCUUCAAUCACCUGUUCCUACUAUGCAAUCAGAGUAUGAUCCGGUGUUUCAUUCUCAAUUGUCCAAAAUUCAAAAAGGACAUUCACAAAAUGCAGGUUCUGACAAUACAACAACAGGUGGUGAUACUGGGGAUGGAAGCUUGAGUAGGAAGGGUCUUGUUCUUCCAUACAAACCUCGUGGACCUGAUCCAUUUCCGAUGAGAGAGCCAAAACGACCAGCAGAUGUGAGAAGAGAGUUCAUUUUACCUAUCGAUUCACAAAAAGCUUUGCCUGAAUUCACGUUGGAAAAUUUUCUCCAAAAAACAAAAUACUAUUCAUCACAACAAAACACUUUAAAGAAAGCUAUUCUGUCAAAAGCCAACUACAAGAAGUUGACAUUAUUACUCGAGAAAGAAUUAACUCAAGGAAAUCAGGAUGCUGUAAAAACUGUUGAUGUCUCACAACAAGCAGAAAUCAAGGAUUAUCAAAGAAGAAUACCCAGGAGGCAAUUAAUGAUCGAAAUGAAAAGUAUUGUGAACGAUCGUUUGAAAGAAUUAGGAUUGACGUCACCGGGAAAAUUUGAUGGACGAGCGAAUGAUGUUGAACAAAUAUUAGAUGAAAUAAAAGAAAUUGGAGAUGCCGAGGGAGUUGGUCGAAAAUCACAAAUGUCUUUAUUCAAUAAAGCAACUGCAAAUGUAUUUCAAGAAUCUUUUAACAGACCUGGCUCUGUUUUUGAUGGCGAAAAUACAGAAUCCAUUAUAACUCCAUCUGAAUUAUCUAUUUUAAAUUGUCUAAUGGAUGGAGGAUACGUUUUGAGCCUCAAGGCUCAUUUUAUACCUCAAAUUCCUGAACUUAGUCCACUUUCUGCUACGUUAGUAUACCUAAACCUUUCUUUCAACGAAUUUUCCGAGUUUCCAAGAGAAGUCCUCUUCUGUAGAGAAUUACAAGUGUUGAAAUUAAGAAACAAUCCACUCAAGGACUUACCUCAUGAUAUCAGCAAGUUACAAAAACUCAGAACGUUGAUCUUGUCGUUUUGUUGUCUGACUGCUUUACCCGUCUCAUUGUUUUCAUUGCUGAGAUUGGAAUUUUUGGACAUUUCUUUCAAUAAAUUAACUUUCCUACCGAAUGAAAUUAAAAAGCUUGAAAGAUUAAGAUUUUUAAAUGUAGAAGGCAAUGAAUUACCUGGUCUUCCGUGUGGAUUACUGAGACUUAACCUGUUUCGUAUUCGAGUUCGGAAUAAUUUCAUGAGUCCGUUGUUUUGGAAAGAGAAUGCGAAAAACGAUCCACAACGAUUAACCGAUUUAUGCUUACUUCAAGUGAAAGUCCAUGUUGUGAAGCAAGAUGGUGAUAAAAUGCAACGACUACCACCAGAUGUGAUGCGAUCCAUUCAUAGUUUCAAACCAUGCGAUUGUUGCAAUGGGCCGCGAUAUGGACCAGGGUUGAAAAUAGUCCGGCCUUGCUCUGAAAUCUGGGGAAUCAAAAGAAUUCCAUUUAUUUUCAAAUCUUGUUCUCCGUCCUGUUAUUCAAGAUUUGUACACAACACUGAUCCAAAGCUAACAGAAAUUAUUUAUGGAGCAUCAGAAGAAAAACCUGCUACUCCAAUUAAAGAGGAUGACAGUGUAGGCAGGCCUCCUUCGCCUAGAGAUGGUGCCAUCACAGCAUAGCUGUCUUAAUAUCUGCUAUUUAUAUUAUUAAACUGUGUCAAAUUUGUAUAUAUU